ACUUCAUCAAUAUUGAUUAAUAUAUGAGAUGGUGGAUUCUAAGGCGGUAAAAAACAUUGCAGAAUUCCUGGGAGCCACGCAGCCUACAUUUCCACAAAGUGAGAAAACGGAACUUGAACCAUUAAGCCAUGAGGAAAUAAUUGCACAUGCAGUAAGACUAGGACAUAAACAACUAGGAAUAAAUGUGGAAGGAUUAGAUCUAAGUGGGGAUUUGGAUAUUAAUCAAUUCAGCUACCUGGAGAAGGUACUCAUCGUUGGAGGAUGGACAAAUAUCUUGUACAAGGUGACUAACCGUGAUAACGGUAAUAUUGUAGCUGUUCGUAUUUUCGGUCGUCAAACGGAACGUUUUAUCGACCGUUCCCAUGAGCGUAUAAUCCAGAACCACCUUUGUCUGCAGGGUUUCGCGAAGCAUGUCUACGCCCGGUUCAACGGUGGUCAGAUUGAAGAGUGGCUGCCCGGCAAUGUGGUAUCGGACGAUGACUUUUACAGCUUCAAGUACACGGAGUUGAUUGCUAAGCAGCUGUACAAGUUGCACGCAACACCUGGACAGCGCGACCUUUAUGUGAAAUUGUAUCCACACCUAGCGAAGAACGGUGAGUUGAAGUUUGAGUCGCAGCUUUGGGCCAGUGUCUGGAAGUUCUAUGACCUGUGCCUGGAGAACAUCCAACAGGUGGAACCAAUCAUCGGAGACAACUUCAACCUAAGAGAUAUCAGAAAAGUGAUCAAGAGGUUGGAAGUUGUUUGUGCUGCAAAGAAAUCGCCUGUUGUGUUAACACACUGUGAUUUGUUGAACGGCAACGUUUUAGUUAGCGAAAAUGAAGAUCAUGUCAUUUUCCUUGAUUACGAAUACUCAUGCUUCAUGGAGCGUGGAUUCGAUAUAGCAAACCAUUUCAUCGAAUACUGCGGUGUCGAAUGCAAUUGGGAUAGAAUACCUAACGAAGAGGAACAGCGCAGAUUCAUCAAAUACUAUAUAGGUGAAAAUGCUACGGAAAAGGCAAUUGAAAAGCUAUAUAAUGAAAUACAACCCUUCUUCAUGGCCGCCAAUAUAUUUUGGGGACUUUGGGGGUUGCUACAGUGCAUCUAUUCAACGCAUGACAUCGAUUUUAAACGCUACGCAAACUUCCGUAUAGAACGAGCUAUCAACGAUCACAGAUGGAUGCUGUUAUAAUGAAUAUGCAGCUU